AUGUCUCAGACAGGUUUAAUUCCUCCCAAUACCCUAAAAAGAGAGAUGAAUCCUCAACCAAUGGCAUCUCAUGAGAAGAUUGUGAAUGAUCCGACUCUGUUUAGGGAGUGUCUCAAGAAUUUUCACUCUGUUGUUGGCGCAAAGGACUCGGUUCCUGUGAUUGGAGGGAAGGAUCUUGAUUUGCAUGUUCUCUAUGUUGAGGUGACUAAAAGGGGUGGCUUUAACAAGGUAGUGGCAGAUAAGAAAUGGAGAGAAGUGAGUUUAGUUUUCAAGUUUUCUCCAACAACAACAAGUGCUUCAUAUGCAUUGAGGAAACAUUAUUUCACUUUGCUUCAUCACUUUGAACAAGUUUACUUUUUCAAACAUGAAGUUCCUAUGUUUGAUAAAUCUCCAGGUUCAUGCUUCCAAGCUGAAGGGAAAAUUGAUGCCAAAUUUGACUGUGGCUACUUUGUGUCCCUCAAAAUGGGAAGUGAAGUUCUCAAUGGUGUACUUUACCAUCCAAACCAACAAGCUCAACCAUCUUCUUCCAAAUUUGUUGCACAAAGUUGCAACGCGAUUGUGCCUUACUACUCAACACCUCUCAACAAUUCAGGACGGAGGAACAGGAGGAGGAGGAACGGGGAUCCUAAUCGCCCAAAACCUAAUAGGAGUGGGUAUAACUUCUUCUUUGCUGAAAAGCAUUCAAUGCUCAAAUCUCUUCAUCCACAUAGAGAGAGGGAGUUCACUAAGAUGAUUGGAGAGUCUUGGAACAAUCUACCUCCUGAAGAAAAAAUGGUUUAUCAAGAGUAUGGGGUGAAGGACAAGGAAAGGUACCAGAGGGAACUGAAGGAGUACAAAGAAAACAUGAUGACCACAUCAUCUUGCUACUAAAGGUAACUGAUGAAUGGUAGAGAAGAAGAAGAGCAUGAGAUAAACAAUGUAAAUGUUUGUGUGGAUCAAAACUUUGUUAUAGCUUAUGUAAGAUAGUCUUAAACUAUUUCCAAAACUGUAGUUUAAUUUCUCAAAACAUUUGUUUACCUAAACUAAUUCUCAUGCUUAUAAGAUGGUCUUGCUUGCUU